AUGGAUCAACAACGAUUCUUGCAGCAACUGCAAAUUAUUUUGAACCCUUCCACCGGGGACUUGAAAGAAGCCACUGGCGUCCUUCAGAAAGAGUACUACAACAAACCCGAGUCCUUCCUUUUUCUCCUCCAGCUAGCCACCUCCCACGACAGUGAUGACCUACGCCAGUUGGCUGCCGUCGAAGCCCGCGGUCUUGUAGGCAAAUUUUGGCUAAAGGUUCCUGCCAACCAAAAGCCUCAGAUCCGGGAACAACUCCUACGUGGUACCAUGAGCAGCAAUUCCGAGCUUGUUCGUCACGCCAUUGCCCGUAUAGUUUCUUCCGUUGCCAAAAUUGAUCUUCAGGACGGCGAGUGGGCCGAUUUGCCCAACUUCUUGCUUCAGGCUGCCCAGAGCGGAAACAAGGACGAGAGGGCUAUUGGUGUUUAUAUUUUCUUCACCAUCCUCGAGUCUUUGGGAGAAGGAUUUGAAGAUAAGUUCCAGGACUUGUUCACUCUUUUCAGCAAGACCAUCCGUGACCCCGAGAGCGCCGAAGUCCGCAUCAACACUCUUCUGGCUUUAAGCAAGCUGGCUAUGCACCUCGACUCUGACGAGGAUCCCGCCCCUGUCAAGGCAUUCCAGCAGGUCUUCCCCGACAUGGUACGCGUUCUCAAGGAUGCUAUUGACACUACCGACGAGGACCGCAUCAUGCAAGCUUUUGAGGUCUUCCAGACCUUGCUCGGAUGUGAUCCCGCCUUGAUGAACGUCCAUCUUAAGGACUUGAUCACUUUCAUGAACGAAGUAUCUGCAAACACACAGCUCGCUGAGGAUACCCGCACACAGUCCAUCAGCUUUUUGAUGCAGUGCGUCAAAUAUCGCAAGCUCAAGGUUCAGGGUCUUCGUGUCGGUGAACAGCUCACCCGUACCGCUCUUCACAUUGCAACUGAGCUUGACGAUGACGACGAUGAGGACGAGAUUACUCCUGCUCGUUCCGCUCUCGGUCUCCUCGACAUGCUCGCCCAGAGCUUACCUCCAAGCCAAGUUGUUGUUCCUCUUCUCCAAGCCCUUGGCCAAUACUUCAACAGCGAAAAUCCCGACUAUCGUCGUGCCGGUAUCUUAGCUUUGGGUAUGUGCGUUGAAGGUGCCCCAGACUUUAUCAGCAGCCAGUUCAACGAGAUCUUCCCGAUUGUUCUUCACCUUCUCAGCGACAAGGAACCCAAGGUCCGCCAGGCCACUUUGCAUGGCGUUGCCCGCCUUGCCGACGAUCUUGCAGAGGACGUUGGAAAGGAACAUGCCAAGCUUAUGCCACUUUUGGUCCAGAACCUCGCCAGUGCUAUGGAAAGCUAUAAGGGUGAGGAGAGCGGCCCCACAGUAAACAUCAUGAAAGCAGCUGUAAGCUCCAUCGACUGUGUCGUUGACGGCCUCGACGAGAAGGAUGUUGUCCCUUACCAGGAUGAGCUUGUUCCUCUCUUGCACAAACUCUUCCAACACCCCGACUUCAAGAUUAAGAGUCUCACUGCUAGCGCUAUUGGAUCCCUUGCAUCUUCUGCCGGAGAGGCUUUCCUCCCAUACUUCGAAAAGUCCAUGCACCUCAUGCAAGAGUACGCCACCAAGAAGGAAAGUGAAGAUGAGCUUGACCUCCGUGCUAGCAUCAUUGAUGCCAUGGGCGAGAUGUCCGCUGCUGCUGGCCCUCAACACUACCAACCUUACGUCGAGCCUCUCAUGCGUGCCAGCGAGGAAGCCCUUCACCUCGACCAUUCUCGCCUCAAGGAGAGCACCUACAUGCUUUGGGGUUCCAUUUCCAAGGUCUACGGAGAGGACUUCAAGCCUUUCCUUGAUGGCGUCUUUAAGGGCCUGAGCGCCUGUAUCGAGCAGGAGGAAGCCGAUCUCGAGGUUGAGCUUGGUGAUGCUGCUAAGGACCUUGUCGGACAGGAAGUCACCAUUGGUGGUCGCAAGGUCAAGGUUGCUGAGGCCUCUGAUGACGAGGAUGGUGAUAUUGAGGAUAUUGACCUCGAUGACGAGGAGGACUGGGAGGACUUCACUACCGUCACACCCUUGGCUCUCGAGAAGGAGAUUGCCGUUGAGGUCAUUGGUGACUUGAUCAGCCAUACUAAGGGUGCUUAUCUUCCCUACUUCGAGAAGACCAUUGAAUUGGUUCUUCCUCUCACCGAGCAUCCCUACGAGGGCGUUCGCAAGAGCACUAUCAGCACCCUCCACCGUGCCUAUGCUACCUUGUUCGCAUUGGCUGAGGAGAACGGCCAGAUGCCCAAGUGGCAAGCUGGUCUCCCUCUGAAGGUGCAGCUUCCUGUUGAGGUUCAGAAGUUCGCUGAGAUCUUGAUGACCGCUACCAUUAAAUUGUGGGGCGAAGAAAGUGACCCGGCCACCGUUGGCGAUCUCUGUGGCAACCUUGCCGAAAACCUCCGUUACACUGGACCUGCACUUGUUGCUGACGAGAGUGUCUUGACUAACGUUGUCCAACAAGUGACCGAUCUCAUUACCAAGAAGCACCCCUGCCAGCAGGAAUUCGCCGAAGACGAAGAACUCCAGGAGGCCGGCGAUGAAACCUCUGAGUUUGACUGGAUUGUUAUUGACCGUGCUCUUGACGUCGUUUCCGGACUUGCCGCAGCGCUCGGCCCCGACUUCCCUCAGCUGUGGAAGAUCUUCGAGAAGAGCGUUCUCCGAUUCGUCAGCAGCUCUGAGAACAUCGAGCGCGCUACUGCGGUGGGAACCCUCGCUGAGGUCAUCACCGGAAUGAAGGAUGCUGUCACUCCUCUGACUGGUCGUUUCCUGCCUCUUCUCUUGAAGCGUCUUGAUGACGAGGACCCUCAGACCAAGUCCAACGCUGCCUACGCCACUGGACGCUUGAUCGAGGCCACAAAUGAUGCCUCUAUCGUCUCUCAAUUUCCCACCAUCCUCCAGAAGCUUGAGCCAUGCCUCCAGCAGCAGGUGUCUCGUCUUCCAGACAACGCCACUGGUUGCUUGUCUCGCAUGAUCUUGAAGCAGCACGACAAGGUUCCCAUUGCCGAUGUUCUCCCUGCCAUUGUCAGCAUUCUUCCCUUGAAGAACGAUUAUGAGGAGAACGAACCUUUGUACAAGAUGAUUGCUCAGCUCUACAAAUGGGAGGACCCUACUGUGCGUCAACUUACUCCUCAGCUUCUUCCUAUCUUCCAGGCCGUCUUGUCCGAUGACGACCAAUUAGAAGACGACCGCCGCAAGGAGGUGAUGGAGCUCGUCUCAUGGCUCAACAAAUAA